AUGACUCGCAGAAUUUGGAUCUGCCUUUUCGUCCUUGGUGCUGCAGAAGAUUCAAGAAUGAUGCGUAUUGAGACCAAAGUGGAUGCGCAAGGGGAGGCUCAUGAGUUUGUUUCGGUGCACGACAAUCAUCGCUUCGGCCAAAAGCAAGGCGUGUUGGCCGCGGAGAUGCUGGAUGCAGGAUUCCAGAGCGAACACCAAGCCGCGGCUACCACGACUUUGUACCCGCUCAAUCCGAAAGGACCUCUCGCAAUCGAUGACAACGCCUUCACCUUGCUCUUCAAGGCCAAGGUAGGAGCGCUUUUCCCUGUGGUCAUCCUUUUCAUGCUGGCAUUCAGCUUGCUGUGCUGUUCCAGCUUCAUGUUCUACAAAGCCAAGAAGCCGGAGGGGGAAGAAGCAGAAGAAUUGAAGAACCAGGAAUGUGGACCUGAGGGGCUUGAGGAGGAUCUCUAUGGGCUCGCCAUUGCUUCCAUUGUUAGAGACACGAGAUCCUAUUGCAAGGGCUAUUCAUCGGCAGGGCUGAUGAUGGCUCGCAUGGGCGUUUCCAUCAUGAUUUUGGUCCUGACUCUGGUGUUGCAGAUCUACCUGAUGGCCAGUUUGAAAGCACUGGUCACCUCGGUGGCCGUGAAUGAAAUUCGUGACGUCUACGACCGUUAUCAGAUCACCAUGUACGGCAACGACACGAGCAGGAUGGCGGUGACCGCCAACGGCUAUCACCGUGGACGUGAACCAUACUUCAAUCCCAAGAACUUUGCACUGCUUUCUGAGGAAGACAAGGAAAGUGUUUGCCAGAUCCCUCUCUCACAACCAACGUUCUUCAUGACUCUAUUGAUGAUCUGGACGUUCACUGUUGUGGCAGACCUUCGAAAAUCUGUUGAUUUGUGGAUGCGUGUGACCCGCAUUACGCCAACGGUCUCAUCCAUGAAGGAUUCAAUGGAGGCAGUAGAAGGCUCAGAGGAAGAAUAUGUGAUCGUGGGCCUCACCGUUCCAGUCAAAGUCACUCUUUCAAUGGUGCUUUUCUUGCCUCGAAUCCUGGUCGACUUGUACCUGCUGUGGCUGGGCUGUCGCUGGCUUUGCGCCACCCCAAGCUUUGAAGAUGUGAUCCUGAAUGCUGUUGCUUUGGAGUUCAUUUUGGUCCUCAACAACGUGGUUUUCAGCACCGUAGUGCCGUUGCAAAGUGUCAUUGACACCCGAAACACUCAGAUUCUCCCAUACCAAAAGAUGUGGCUUCCGGUGUUUUGGGCUCAACAGCGCAUGAUGCCCAUGGCAAAUCCUGCAAGUGCCACGGAGGCCAAAGAGCCAAAGCGAGAGAAUCGAUCAAGUCUAGCAAGCCUAGCUGCUCUGGCUGGCCCAGCGAACGUGUCUGGGCCACAGAUUUGCACCAUUGCUAGUCCCAGCCGGCCUGCUUCAAACCUUGAGAAGAUGACAUCACCAUUGGAAAAGGCGGUUCGGAUUACCAGGACAGGCUUGGAAGAUUUGGAGGAAGAGGAUGAGGAGAGUGAAAAUGAUGACUUUGGUGAUGACUUCGAUGAGGAUAUGGCAGCAGAGGAGACUACAGCUAGGAAGGCAGCAGAGGAGGCUGUAGCCAGGAAGGCUGCAGAGGAGGCUGUAGCCAGGAAGGCUGCAGAGGAGGCUGCAGCCAGGAAGGCUGCAGAGGAGGCUGCAGCUAGGAAGGCAGCAGAGGAGGCUGCAGCUAGGAAGGCUGCAGAGCAAGCUGAAGCUCGAAGGGCCGCAGAAGAGGCGGCAACUAGGAGGGCCGCACAGGAAGCUACCGCUAGAAAAGCAGAGGAGGCUGCGGCUAGGACAGCAGCCAAUACGGCCGCAGCUAGCUCUGAGUAUGGGCAUCCAUCUGAGUCAGCUCAGCCGGAACUGCCACGGCGCUCAAGGAGGGAAGAACUCCUGGAGUGGCAAGCUGAAUUGGAUGCCACAGAGAGCAGGUUGAGAGUUUUGGAGCGGCAGAGGAAGGAGGAAAGAUCCAAGUUAGAGAAAGAGAAGCAGGCUUACAACCACAAUGCCCAGGCCCUGGAGCGGAAGGAACAUGAAGCAAGGCAGCAGCGAGAAGACAUUGAGCUUCGGCUUGCAGAACUCAACUUGAAGCAGAUCGAGUUUGCGCACAGGAGGCAGCAGCUGCAAGAAAAGGAGGAGAAAUUGCGAGCGGAUGAAGAGAUGCUGGACCAGGAAAUCUCUCGUGCAAUCAUUGAGGACCGAAACCUGAUCGGUCAAAAGAAUCAGGAGCUCAAGCAAAAGGAACAAAAUUGGACGGCCAAGCAAGAAGCUUUGACCAAGCGGCAGCUGAUGCAUCGAAAAGCUGUAGAUGAUUUGACGGCACGCGAGAGAAAGUAUGAUGCAAGAAAGAAUGAGUUGUCGCGGGAAAACCCCAUGCUCCAACAGCAGAUCAGGGAGAUUUCAAGGCGGCUUGACGAGUACUGGGACCAGCGUUGCAUGGUUGAGCCUCAGCCAUUGCACAUGAAACCCAUCCCAAGCACCAAACCGAUUCCACCGGCUCCAACGGCUCCGCCCAGUGGAUUAGCUGCACCAGAUGCAGAGGGGACUUCAGCUUUGAAACCUGAAAUUCCUAGCUUUCCAAGUCCGUUUGACGUGACUCCAGCACAGGCGGAGCCAUAUCAGCAGGAUGUGAAUCCAGCUCCACCAAAGGCACCUCCUCCAGUGAAGGCUCCGCCAGUUCCCAGUGAUCGGCCGCCUAUUAAGGCGCCACCAGUCCGGCCCGGAACGCAGCUCCUGACCCAGCCAACUGAGCCGGUCAGCCAGCUGGUGCCACCGGUGCAGCCGGUGCAGCCGGUCCGAAGCACAGACCAUGGUCAAAUUCUCGAGGUAGCACCAACAGGGCGUAGUGUUCUGGCGGCUUUUGCCUGGGGCAUUGCAUCCAUGGUGUGGGUCUUGCUCUACAUGUACCUGUUGCAGGCGGUGCUUCCUCAAUAUCGAUGGGAUGUGCGAGAUGUUUGCAUCGACUUUCUGGCCGCGAAGGUGAAGUGA